GAUUCGUCCAUCAGCUUGCACCGCGUUGCAUCGCUUCAUUUUUUGAAUCGUAAGAAAUUCUCAACAAACCUCAUACUAUGGCUGAUAACGAAGAUCUAUUAGAUUACGAGGAGGAGGAUCAGACCGAGCAGGUUGUGGCAGAAACAACGGAACAGCCGAAGAAGGACGUGAAGGGUACCUACGUAUCGAUUCACAGUUCUGGCUUCCGUGACUUUUUGCUGAAACCUGAAAUUCUACGCGCCAUUGUGGACUGCGGUUUCGAGCAUCCCUCUGAAGUGCAACACGAAUGCAUUCCGCAGGCCGUUCUCGGCAUGGACAUCCUGUGCCAGGCUAAGUCCGGUAUGGGAAAGACGGCUGUGUUUGUGUUGGCUACGUUGCAGCAACUGGAACCGACGGAAAACGUGCCGUACGUGUUGGUGAUGUGUCACACGCGCGAGCUCGCGUUCCAGAUCAGCAAGGAGUACGAGCGCUUCUGCAAGUACAUGCCCACGAUCAAGGUGGCCGUGUUCUUUGGUGGCAUGCCGAUCCAGAAGGACGAGGAAGUUCUGAAAUCAACGACGCCGCACAUCAUUGUCGGAACGCCCGGUCGCGUGUUGGCGCUCAUUCGCAACAAGAAGCUCAACCUAAAGAACCUGAAACACUUCAUCCUCGAUGAGUGCGACAAGAUGCUCGAGCAACUUGAUAUGCGCCGCGACGUCCAGGAGAUCUUCCGUAACACACCACACGGAAAGCAAGUGAUGAUGUUCUCCGCCACGCUGAGCAAAGAAAUUCGGCCAGUGUGCAAGAAGUUCAUGCAAGAUCCUAUGGAGGUGUACGUCGAUGACGAAACCAAGCUAACUCUUCACGGUUUGCAGCAACACUACGUGAAGCUGAAGGAGAACGAAAAGAACAAAAAACUGUUCGAGCUGCUUGAUGUUCUUGAAUUUAACCAGGUGGUCAUUUUCGUCAAGUCCGUCCAACGGUGCAUGGCUCUGGCACAGCUACUGACGGAACAGAAUUUCCCGGCGAUCGGCAUCCACCGAGGCAUGGUGCAGGAAGAACGACUUUCGCGGUACCAGCAAUUCAAGGACUUCCAGAAGCGCAUUCUGGUGGCCACUAACCUGUUCGGCCGUGGCAUGGAUAUCGAGCGUGUGAACAUCGUGUUCAACUACGAUAUGCCGGAAGAUUCCGACACCUACCUGCAUCGCGUGGCCCGAGCCGGGCGUUUCGGAACCAAGGGUCUGGCCAUUACCUUCAUCUCAGAUGAGGCGGACGCAAAAAUUCUGAACGACGUGCAGGAUCGUUUCGAUGUCAACAUUAACGAGCUGCCAGAUGAAAUUGAUCUCUCCUCUUACAUUGAAGGACGAUAAGACGAUCGCUGUAUUAAACAACUAUUCUAGAUUAAUGAUACAGCAAGAGGAAACGUAGUAACGAGACGCUGUUGAUAACAAUCGGCAAAAGGAAAGAAGCCCGUAUUUUCCUGAUAUUUUCAUUUACACAAUUCCCUGUCAUCACGCGCGCAGCGACUCGAGUUCUGUUGCCCUGCACGGGUCCCAAAGCGAACCCAAAAUCAAACCCAAAGCGGGUCCCACAAGGAUAGUAGCGAGUACAUACAUUAAUCUGCAGAAUAAGAAUGAAACAUGCAAAUGCGUCGUCAGGGCAUUGGUAUUACUUCGAUCGACGAAUCGAAUCGUGUCCGUCAUCUAGCUACAAACGCCGUGUGCUGUGCGUUUGGGGUAAGGUGAAAAAACGAUCCGAAUGUAUCGACAUUUAUUGAUUCCUGUAACAGAUGUAAGGAAGUUUAAUUUCUUAAACAACUAACUUUCGUAAUUUUGAAGUAAAUUAACUUGAAACGAUAAAUAAUAAUAAAGCUUAAACAUAGUGAGACAUGAAAUUAAAUUCCACAAAAUUCUCUAGUCGAUUGGAAGGUACUGGAAGAUGAAAGAAAAGUAUUAUCGAAUUCUGAUGGCUUCUUUCAUGUGUACAAACAAAUUCAUUUCGUUAAAAAGACACCAUCACCAAAGUCCCGCUUUUUAUUACUUGAUCCAAAUUUUGCUAAUAUCGGUCAACACGACGCUGUUCGGUAAAAUCAAUGUGUUAAAGUAAAAACAGUCAUUGAAAAAUAUAAACUCAGAAGUAUGCAAACAUAA